UAAAAUAGAAACAUCACAACGUCGUCACAGUGGGUGAAUAUGGUUACUUUGAGAUGGGCUGAGCCGCUUUGUUCUGGACACGAUCCACGCCUCACAUUAUCUGAUCUUCAGCCUGCGUGUUGAAACAUAGCGGAUGCUCACAGAGAAUAACCACAGGAACAACCUUCGAUACAGCUUAUGUUAAAACUGCUGUAUUUACCUCUCAGUAGGAGUGUAGUGCUCCCCUCUCUUUGGCCCCCCCGCAGCCAGUUGGCUGGCUUUGAUAAGAGACUGAAGGCGAUGAGAUAUCACUGAAGUCCUGUUUGAGUAUCUGGUGCCUGAGAGGAUGGAGCCAGAGGCAGAGCGGGAGUCUGAGUCUGAGGCCUGGGUUCCAGACAACAGCCAGGCCGGGCCUUCCUCUCCGGACUCCUCUGGGAUCGAGGGAACCGUCGACCGGCUGCAGGAGAUGAUGAGCGGCAUGGAGACGCUGCUGACAGACAUGGAGGGGUUACGGAGCGACUGCAGCCAGCAGAAUGCCGAGCUGAUAAGUGCAGCGCUGGACCUGAGGACGCAGCAGGAAGAGAUAAAGGAGGGUUACUCUGAGUUGUCCAGGGAGAUGCAGGAGCUCCUCGACACAGUGCAAGGCUUUUUGGGCACCAAGUGUGACCAACCCUCAGAGAAGGAAGAAUUAGCUGAGCAGCAGAGAGAGCCCAAAGAGACGGAGAGUGACUGACAGACUUUAAAGUUGCUAAUUUAGGAGAUGCAACUGCGAUGUGUCAGGUUGUGAAUCUGGAUGCAUGAGACAAAAUCUGGGUGGCAUGCGUUUGGAAGUUGUGUGAGAAGCUGAGUUUUUUUAAAAAGAUCGAUUUUUAAAUUACAUUUUACGACGUUUUGUUGAGCAAAUUGUUCUUUUAGGUCUAUAUCUGAAAAUCUGUCCACUGAAAAAGAGUUUCUAAUAUGCAUGAUUCGUUUUCAGUUCAGUAAAUAUAUCACUGUGCAUACAACUUAAAAAACAACAACCAUAAAACGGAAUAAAUACCUCUCUGUCGUGUACUCUUAAUAAAACAUCAUGAGUUUAACAAGGCUACAAUUUGUUGCAUAGCUUACUUUCUAGAUUGCCACGUGCCACUGACUUUAACACAAGCGAUGACAAGAUCAUAAUCCUGCGCUGCAUUUGAACACAUGAUUUAUAUGCCUCCUACUGUCAUCUGUAUUUCUGCUACCACCCAGAAACAAACACACACACUUCACAGCUAUCAUUUUCCAGCACCAAGGUACUUUAUGUUGACAGAUAUGAUUUAAGUAUGUUACUCUCUUCAGCCUGGAUGGCUCCUCCAGCUUCUUCUUUGAUGAAUUUCUGACACAGGAAUGCUUCUCUUCUUUUGGUACAUCUUCCAUAUUCUCUCCCCAUCCAAGCUCCACUGUAGUUUCGUGCUAAAAUAAACCUAAAUGUGAUGUUUACUUCCCACCAGCACCCCUGCUGCUACCCACUGGUCUGUAUUUAGUGGUCAGGGGAUGUGUGAAGGGAACAAUCGGUGGCCAGCAACCUGAAAAGAAAUCAAGGACCUUCAAGGUCCCUCCACCUUAAAUUUCAUUUUAGUGGGUUCUUAUGUCAUGUACACAGGUUAUGCAACCACUUAAUUAUGUGUACCAAAAUAUUCUCUUCCUCUUCUGUGUUGGAACAAACUUAAUGCAAAUGUUACGCAAACGCCCAUAUUUGUUUUCGAAAUGUCUCAAAGUAAAACAUGUGACUGGUAUUGAAAAUACUUGAUAUAAAUAUCAUCAUGAGUAGACCCACAGCCUGAGGGUCUUAAGAAGAAAUUAUAGCUUAUGUUAAAUGUUAAAAAAAGAAGUACCAAUCUUUUUUUGAGGGAUUCUGUUUACGUGUGGCUGAAACCUGACACUAUAUAGGCUGAGGGGUUGGUGAGCAGAGAGGGUGAGGAGAAGCAGUGCAGCCGUGCCUACCUUCAUCACUACUGAGGUGUUCAUCUCUCUGCUGCUCACAACCAGCCGGAGUCACUUCAAGAAGGUAAGACAUGAUUUGAUGGCAUUCACGGUUUCAUUUAUCCAGGUUUAAACCUUUUGCACAUUCAUGUCUAAGAUAUUAGCAAAGAAAUCUCUAGAGACAUCAAGAAAUGUAGCUUUCAUCUCGUAUGGAAUUAUCAUUUAUAUUGAGUAUUACAAUUUAAGGUGUUUUCAGUGGUGGCAUGUAACAAAGUUCAUUACGUUUUGUAUGUAUGAGUCUUUUCCUUCCAUGCCAUUUUAAAUUUCUGCUCUUCCACAUAUUGGAAGAGUAGGGACAUAUUGUAUUUUCUACCCUACAGUGAAUUCAUCUGACAACUUUAGAAGUGGGUAUUUUUACACACAAAACAUAUGAUGCUUUAAAACAGGAUGUUUUGUUAUAAAUUGAAAUACCCAACAUUUUCUUUAAAUACAGCUUGAAUGUUAACUCAAUUAAUAAUUAUUUGUAAAAAAUUGAUUGGAAACUGUUUUCUAUAAUCUAUUGACAUUCUUUAUGUGAAAACAUGAAAUGGUUCCAGCUGCGUUCUUAAAAAAAAAAGAACAAGCAUUGUGACAACAAUUAUACAAUUAUAUAUUAACAUAAUAGUAUAGUUAAUUUUCCUGAUUAUACUGAUUAUAGAACUGUAACUUCGUACACUUUGGUAUGAGAAAAAUAUCUGAAUACUACUCCACCAUUGUUUUUCUUCUCAUUGCUAUUCUCACCAACAGUUCGGCAGAAGUUUCUAGUGAAAAUGAAUAUUGUACAAGUCCUGGGUCUCCUACAGCUGCUGGCUGUACCUGCUUUCACUCUGAUAACGCCAAGCCAUGACUACUGGGAAGAGUUUACAGCCUACGGGCCCUGCAGCCGCACCUGUGGCACAGGCGUGGCAAUGAGAACCAGGAAAUGUGUCACCUCCAGGACUGAUGGAGGGCAUAACUGCCUAGGAUCCUCUAAGUCCUUCCAAACCUGCAACACACAGGCAUGUGCAGCUGGAACCAGGGACUACAGGCAGGAGCAGUGCUCCCAGUUUGACAGAACGGACUUUCAGAGCAAACACCAUACAUGGGUGCCUUUUUAUGGAUCGGCCAAUCCAUGUGAGCUGAGCUGUGUUCCAAGAGGGCAGAACUUCUUCUACAGACACAGACCAUCAGUGGUUGAUGGGACACCGUGCUAUGUGGGCCGCACUGAUAUCUGUGUGGAUGGAGUCUGCAGGGUUCUGGUCCAUGGAGAGUUUAUGGGCUUGGAUGAAGACACUAAUUCUGUUCACUCUGCUAACAUCAUUGCUACUCGCCCAAGGGAGACACUUACAUACCACUACAAAACUGGUGUCUAUGGCCAGUGCUCUGCCUCUUGCAAUGGAGGCAUGCAGUACCGCAGUGUGGAGUGCUGGGUUCAGGACACAGUAAACCCCCGUGUGGUGGAGGAGUCUCACUGCAUCAACCAGCGCCUGCAGAGGCCACAGAGCCAGCAGGCCUGCAACAUGCAUCCCUGUGCCGAGUACAGCGUCUCCAGCUUCAGCGUGUGCUCGGUGACUUGUGGGGAAGGCCAGCAGAGGAGGGAGGUGUUCUGCGUGGGUCCGGGAGGUGAACGCCUGGCUGACCACGCCUGCAACGGACUGACAAGAUCCUCUUCUGUCCAGGCCUGUCGUAGACCCGCCUGUUACACACACAUCACCUGGCAUGUGACCGACUACAGCCUGUGCACCAUGAGCUGUGGUGGUGGUGUGAGGGAGAGGAGAGUGAGCUGUUUUGAUACAGAUUUGAACCCCUACCCAGAGGCCCGGUGUGGAACAGCUAGCAGACCCGUCUCUGUGGAAACAUGCAACUCACAGCCAUGCCACGCAGCACAAAUGGUCCCAAGUGUGCAGGAUCCAAGGGCACAUGAAACCACCACAAGAGGAUUUGUGCCCCAUGUUCCAGAAGACCCUUCAGCUUCCAGGCCACAAACAAACAGUGUCUACCCUCCUGUGACUGGUCCUCAAUGCGCACAGUCACACUAUGGCUGCUGUCCUGACGGUCAUACCUCCGCCGCGGGGCCCAGGAAUGAGGGCUGCUCCCUAAAUGACUGUAUUCACACCAGAUUUGGCUGUUGUUUGGAUGGAGUGACUCAAGCUCAAGGAUUUGCAAGGGCUGGAUGUCCUGAAUACCGGACAGCUGUGCAACACACACCACCUCCUACUGCCCCUCCAGCCAGUGGCAAUGUGUGCUCCAUGCCUCGCGAUGAAGGCUCCUGCGACAGAUGGGCGGUGCGCUUCUUCUUUGACUCUGGCACUGGCAAAUGUACUGAGUUUUGGUAUGGAAGCUGCCAGGGCAAUGCCAAUAACUUUAUGUCCCUGGCAGCAUGCCAGAGAGAGUGUGGUGGUGUAGUGAGGAGGGAUCCCCCAACUACACCUCGCAGAGGGACCCCAAGGAGAGGAUCCCCCAGCGGGGCAUAACCAUCCACACAAUGAAUACCUCAUAAUCAGUACUGUCAACACAGCAUUUAUUUUAACAUCAGACUUUGGAUUAUAAAUGAUUUAGAUCACAUUAUAACUGACACAAUCCCAGCUCAGGGUUCUGAUUUUGUUUGCAGUUUGUUUUGGUAUUUUGUUUGUGAUGUUCAAAAUAUUCACUUUCACACAUAUAUUUUGCCUUUUAGAUCAUAUACAAUUCAAUGAUGUCAAUGUGAUAACCCAAGAUAAAUCAUUAACCAAAUCAAUAAAUGUUGAAAUAUCCGGUAAUAAAACCCGAGUGUGGUCUAUUUUUGCAAUGUU